AUGUUUGUCUCUGUCAACCAAAACUCCGUCAUCGUUCUCGCCCAGGUCCUUCGACUCGGACUCGUGCCUGGCCGGAGACAUGAAUCUGAGAUCGAUCCAAGGGGGGCGGCGGGCGACGAGACUAACCAGACCAGAUUAUGUUCAACUGAUUGCGUCUUUCCCACGCGAUGUCGAAUCCUAAUUAUCCCCGACAACCGCAUGCUGGCAAUAGCGUCUGGCGACUGGCCGCAGGCGACAACCGAUGUCGAAAUCUCGUUUUUGGGGAGCGCUAGCGCUGGUGAAGGUCCAAGCCGUUUAACGACGAGAUAUCAGACGAAGGAAACGGGCUGGAAAGCGACAGUAGGGAAAGAGUGA